CGUGCUUCCCGACAGGUUACUUCUUCUCCCAUAUGUUCAUGAUGUUAGGCUAAUCCCGUGUUGACCAAAGCAGGUUCUCUAUAAUCGUCGCAUGAUCUGCCAGCCAGGCGCUACGUCGAGGAGUAAAAAACCGAAAUGGCGGCUGCUAUCGCUAUGAGCCAUGCAAAAUGCUACAUAGCUUUCGAAAACUUUAUUACGGCUAUACACGACCUAGCAUAUGAGAAGUCUGCAGAAUAUCUGGUUGAUGUUUCUGAAGAGUUCGACAAAUACAAGCUGUGGGCGGGCAAUGUCGGGGCUGCGCAUUCUGGAAAGCUCUACAAACUCUCCUUGGAUUACAGACUGAGAGAGGCAACAUUCUACAAAGAUCAAGUCUUAAGGCUAUUGGCAAUACUGCAUCAUCAUAUAGAAGAAGGGAUGCGUCUCGCAACAACUGACCCUGCAGUUUGCACGGAGCUCUCUUCCGACUCAGAUUCCGAAUUCAGCGAUUCGUAUAUUGCUGAAGAGAGCUCUGAUGAAGAUGAAGAACUGCCAACACUACCGAUGGAAGCUGGAGGGCAACAUGAGACACAUCUAACCGAGGAAUCACCAUUUCUAAUACCGUCAAACUCACUGACAGAUAAUGGAACCUCUUCAGAUCUGCAACCCAUAGAGGCUGACGACUAUCUGGCUAUGCUGCUUCGGCCUCUGGAGUCGAUCAAACUCACAGUAACAUGCUUGUACAAAUUUCCCAUCCGACGGCCUGCUCCAGUCGACCGCCUAAACGACAAGGCAACAGAUGACACAUCAUGUUAUCAACACUUUGAUGUUUUGUAUGUGAAAGACAAAUUUCCACAACUUCAUGAGCAGGUAGCAACACGCCUGGGGAAGUUGAUAACACGACGGCGACAACUGUUUCUCUACCGGCAAAGUCAUCAAAUAAACCUCCGGACCAAUUCGGUGGUACCUAGUAUCACCAUGAAGACGCCAGAACGUGUCUCAACCAACUCUGGGGAAGCACAGAGCGUGAGACACAAGGACCUCCAUGAAUCGAAAACACAGAGCCAGCCAGAGAGCAGCAACCGGACAAAAGCGACGACGUUUGCUGCGCCUUUAGUUCCAGUUCUACUGGUUGAUGAGCUUGUUGCUCCAUCAGUUGCGGAGUCCGAGUCAAAGACAUCGAAGGCAGGAAGUGCAUUCACACGUGAAUUGCAUAUUGAAAUUCCACCGCGCCCAAGGAACAAAGAUGGCAUUGGAAUAGCACAGUUCAUAUGCAAAUACUGCCAAACAACACCGUAUAUUCGAUCUAGUCGUGAUUGGAAAAAGCAUGUAUUGGCUGAUAUACAGCCGUAUGUAUGCACAUUUCCAGAUUGCGAUCUAUCAGAGCACCUCUUCGAGGAUAAGGAUGCUUGGUACAAUCACGAGACUCAAUUCCACCGAGUGAAAUAUUCUUGUAAUACGGACGGACAUAAGCCAUACACAUCACAAAGUGAUUUCGGAAAGCAUAUGAAAGAAGAUCACGACCAGGCUCUGGAUAGAGAUAACUCACUCCGAAUGCUUGACCUUUUUCGACGCAAGUUGAACUCUUCCGGGGGACUCUGCAAUUUGUGUCUGAGGACCACCAGCAACUUCAAACUUCAUGUUUCGCGACACCUUGAGCAGAUUGCAAUGUUUGCCUUGCCAAGGGCAGACUAUUCCACUGGCGACGAGUCAGCAAAUGGUGGUACUAAAGGGUCUCAGAGCAAUGCUCGAGGAUCAGAUGUGUUGGACAAGCAACCUACAAGCUCCGCCAGCCAUAGCACACUUUCAUGGAACCAAGGGCCUGAGGCCUACAACUCUGAUAUAGAGUUCCAAAAUCACACACAAGAGACUCCGGAAGGAUUACUACCACCUAAUGCGGAUGAAACCACCUGGGACAUUAUAACUCCGAAAUUUCUAGACGCCCGGGAAGGACAUUCCACGUUAGCGCCUAUCAACUUCCCUGCUAUCCCACUACUGCCGCGGCAGAGACGCAAUGCCAUCUCAUUAGCGAGCGGGGUCAGCGGACCGCUACCCCUGGAAUGGGAAAUGUUCGGCAGGGCACCGUAAUUAAUGUAUCACAACACCAAAGAAAGCACCUAGGUUAAACAAGAUAAUGGGCGACAAUGGUAUUCUACCUCCCAUUCCCGGCAUAAUAUUUUCAGUUGUGGUAAGAGAUAUAUCUUUGUUUAAGGGGGCGUGGUGAUGGUAAAUGAAAAAGCCGUUCGAAAAAAUAUUUGUAGGCUUCCAAAAUUUACAAAGAAUCUAUUCAAAUAGGAACGAGUAUCCGAGAAAUC